AUGUCGACCAUCAAGGACAUCACCAGCAUCGAGGCCUGGAACCACCAUGUUUCGUCGUUGCCGCCAUCCACCCUCCUGAUCGUCUCCUUCCACGCGCCCUGGGCGGCGCCCUGCGCCCAGAUGGCGACAGUGCUCAAGACAUUGGCGAGCGAAUACCCCGUUACCGAGCCGCUUUCCACCUCGUGGGUCUCCAUCGACGCCGAAGAACUGUCUGACAUUAGCGAAACGUACAACGUAACGGCCGUUCCCUUCCUCGUGCUAUCGCGUAAUGGCCAGGUCUUGGAGACGGUCAGCGGAAGCAGCGCCGUCAAGGUUCGAAACGCGAUCGAGACCCAUGCCAACAAGUCGUCGGGCGCUGGAGCUAGCGAGAAGACAUCGGUCGCCGCAAAUGGCGCCGCAACUGUUGAGGGCCAGGCCGGCGACGUUGUGCCUCAGGACCCCGAGAAGCAAAAGGAGGAGCUGUUUAGACGUCUGGGUGACCUGGUCAAGGCCGCCCCGGUCAUGCUGUUCAUGAAGGGUACCCCCAGUGAGCCCAAGUGCGGCUUCUCGCGACAGCUGGUUGCUAUUCUCCGAGAAAACGCCGUCAAGUACGGUUUCUUUAACAUUCUAGCCGACGACGAAGUACGACAGGGUCUCAAGGAAUUUGCGGAUUGGCCUACUUAUCCACAGCUUUGGGUCGACGGUGAGCUAGUGGGAGGACUCGAUAUCGUCAAGGAGGAGCUGGCGAACGACGCCGACUUCUUCAAGCCAUAUAGUGUCAAGGCGAACGGCGAUGCGUCUGCGGCGCAGUCCUAG